UCCUUCCGCUUUGAACCUCUUUUGGCCCCGGCGCGUCGCCAUCGCCCGUGCGGAGACGUUUGCAAGCCGAGGUGAUGGCGACUGGAACGCCAGAUCCGCAGGCGCGAUUCGGUCAGUCCGUGAAGGGGCUUCUCACGGAAAAGGUGAACACUUGCGGCACUGACGUGAUCGCGCUCACCAAGCAAGUGCUGAAGGGCUCGCGCAGCUCCGAGCUGCUAGGUCAGGCAGCUCGCAACAUGGUACUGCAGGAAGAUGCCAUCUUGCACUCGGAAGACAGUUUAAGGAAAAUGGCAAUCAUCACCACGCAUCUGCAGUACCAGCAAGAAGCUAUUCAGAAGAAGUAAGUAACCCCAAAGUGUUGAGCAGUCAUCAGAUCUGCAGGACCAGCUGAAUCAUCUGUUAAAAUAGAAGGGCACAGAGGAGGGUGCCUUGCCCGAUGCGAGGCAGAGAUACCCUAUGCAGCCACGGUGCCGUGGGGCUGAGUUUCCAUUUUCUACUUCAGAAGUCUAAGAACUGUGCCGUCAUACUGUUUCUCCUGAAAAGAAGCAAAGCGGUUGAUAGCGGAAUCAGACUAACCCAUGUCCCUACUCAGUCUUUAAGUUGUUCUGUUUAGUUCAAUAUUAAAGCAAAAUGAAAAGAUGUCUUAGUUUUUCCCGUAGAACUUUCAGUAUGUCAGAAGCCCCAUUGUCUAAAUGAACCCUUAAGCAAAUACUGAA